AUGACCAUUUCACUAUCACGAUCCGAGGUUAUUUCCUCUUUAGAAGCAAUCCUCAGCGCUCAAAAUUAUGCACAGUGGGACAAGCUGGAAUCUUUAAUCCAGUCAACCGUCACAGUCAAUGAUAGGUCACUGCAACGAGACGAAUUCAUCGCACAAUUGCGAUCCGAUGUCGACAACAAUAAUAUCUCAGCAAAACUCGACAGUUAUGUCGUAGACGUCGACGCGCAAGCCAUGGCGGCCAGAGUCAUCAAGACCCAAUCUAUCUCACAGACGGCAUCUACCGUCCAGUAUCAUGAGAUUCUGUUAGCAUGGUUCCUCGACGGUCGACUCUCAGCUACCAAAUCGCUGCAAGACAGCGAUGCCCGACGUGCAAAAGAGCCGUCAGCGACCGAGACACCUGCGGAUCUCUUAGAAAAUGCGACCGAGACGACCAUUAACCUCGGUUCAAUUUAUCGCGACUACAUCAAAAGCAUCAACGAUAAAACAAUGGAGGUCACUUUUAAGAAGUUCUGCAAACUCGUCGUUACGCACAAUACUCAAGAGAAAACUAUCGCGGAGUACAUUUCCCUAAUCCAAGAAAGUCAGGAAGCGAUUCAGGGCCUGUACUUUGACAUACAGGAUCUGCUCGUCGACAAAGAUUCAGGUCGGGUCGCUGCUAGACUUGAAUUCACAGGUGUUCCGGUCAAGGCUUGGGCUGGCGUUGAGCCCAGUGGACAAAGUGUCAAGUUUCAUGAGCAUGUCAUGUAUUGGUUUGAUGGUGGCAAAAUUCACUGGGUUUGGUCAACUGUGGAUCUGGAUACCUAUCGAGAACAAUGUCAGUCUAAGAAUUAA